AUUAAAUAUCAUAUUAACGCACAAUUCAGAAAGAGAAAAAAAAGUUCGUCUGCAGUUGACAAGUAGAAAAUCUUUUUGGGUGGAUAAAAAGAUUUCAAAAUUGAAUUUUGAUAGUUUAUAGAACAAAUGUUGUGUGGAUUGAUGUCAAUCGGAGUGUUUUAAUUCAUCAGACGGCGAAAAUUCGCUGUCUUAAUUGAAUGAUUAAAUAAUUAAAUUAGCGUGUGGGUCCACAGAACAAAAAAAACGUAUUUAUCACAUCAAAGAUUUUUAGACUCAUUAUUAGCACAAAUUACUUCUAUGAGAUCUUAAAUUUUUCUACCUUAAAAAUCACCUCUAGUCUUCAAAGUUCCUACAUCUCAUGAAUAGCAAUCAAAAAUGGAAAAUAGUCAUCAAGAGUACUGCAUAAGCAUUGUAAAAAUGCUUAAUUUUGUUGGAAUUUUCUUAUCAAUCCUCGGGAGCGCAACAUGUUUACUGGAUGUCAUAAUUUGUAUUUAUUGUGCAGCCUACAAUGUAAAAAUAACAAUUUUUGCUGCAAUUUUUCCAAUUUUUGCUAUUGGAAUCUAUUUUUACACAACAUUAUUGAACAUUCGGCUUGUUAGGAUUGAUAAGACAAAGGACAAAAAACAUUUCUACAUAAUUUACAACAUUUUCGCAUUUUUAGCACUAACCAGUGCAUUCAUUGAUGGAUGCCUAAAAAUCUUCAUGUUCAAUUUUUUUAUUUCAUUUGCAUUUUUCAUGUAUUUUAUAUUUGGUUCUUUAACACUGUGCAUAACAUGCACAGCAAAUGAAGAUUUGCGACGGGAGAGGGAAGGUGAGCCUGAUGAUGAUGAUCAAUUGACGACAGUGUCAACUCAGGACUCAAUGGUCAAUAAAAAAGCAAAAAAGAUAAAUAAUAAUAAGCAAGUUUAUCAAAAAGUACCUACAGAAGUGCCAGUUAUCUCAAAAGAGGUGGCGAUUGAAGAAGCAACUAUAACAAAGGAUCAAAAUAAGGAAUACACUGGAAAAGUCACACAUUUAUAA